CUCGCUGUCAAAUUUUGCUACAAAAAUACAAAGAAUUCGUAAAUUAACCAAAUGUUUCCUCCAUAAAUUGAAAAAUUUCAAGCAAAAUAAAAACAAAAAAAGUAAUACAAAAAGCUCGAAUCGCAUACAAAAUUAAAAAGCAAAUGUCAAAGCUAGUGAAAACGUGAAUUACGACCAGUAAAAAGAAGUUAUUCUAUAUUCAACAACAAAACGCAUAGCAGAAAAACAGACUGUCAGCAAAUUAGCGAAAUAACUAGCAGUGGAACAGCAACAAAAACGAAGGCGACGGUGGUGUAAGAGGCAACAGCACAUCAGCGGUGUCAAUGAUAGCUCAUAAGAGGGCACUCAUAAUCAUUAAAUUGGCAAAUUGUUUUCGGCAAAAAAUAGGUUAUUUUGAAGAGUUGGAAAAUCUACGGCUCUCCUGUAAUUCUCGAUAAAACAAUCAAAGUUUGAUAUUGUUGACAAUAGCUGUCGCUAGCAAUUUCGUCUUGUUGCAGUAAAAAAAAACUAAUCAAGAACAAACAAGGAACGCACACAUGUCAUGUUACUAAGUUAGGCAGACAAGGAGACAAGACGCACGCCACCAUCAAACUCACACCAAUUGGUAUCAAUAACGUACACAAAGGUUAGUUACUUUCCUUUGUUUGAUGUCAAAGCGCAUUCUAUUGGAAUCUGAGUAAUCUGUAAACAACGCCGGUUAGCGACUCUGUGCCCACCCUUCUAAACAGGUCAUUAUCCUAACCAACAAAGUCUUUUGCCAUAUCGCGUUUAAUGCUAUUUUUCUUAAUAAAGAACUUCACUGCUGAUUGUCCCAAACAUACGCGUUUGUUGUGGUUCGCGAAUAAGUGAUUAUAAAUGGAAUAAUUUGACAUUUCUAAUGACGCACUGGAGGCGUUAAAAACCUUUUCGGUAUCCACAAUAUAAAUUUCUAUCGCACAAAUCGCCAGUCGAAUAUAUAUCUUGUUUCAAGCGAAAAUCACACUGCUCGCCAUUACACCAAUUCGUGAAGAACAAAAGUGAAACCCAACGAAUGGGCGCUAAGGCAAGUACACCGACAGCCAGCGGCCAAAGCCCACGUUCGCGUACCUUUUCCAGCAGCUCAACUGGGACGGACGCUGCACAAGUUGCCAGCAAUAGCAGCGCAGAUGGUGGUCAAGGCUUUAACUUGUUGCGUACAUUACCCAGCCUACAGGUACAACAUCAUGUCCAGAGUUCAAGCAUCGAUCGACAGCGUGCACGUAGUUUGAGUUCAGUGCCGGAUAUUCACAAUCAACAACAUGGCAACUCAAAUGCAGGUUGUGUCGCUGGUGGACCGCAUACACAUCCAGCUGUCGGUACGACGCCAAGUAGCAAUGCAUUUGGUGUAACCUCACAAGCGCAUUCUUCAGUUGCCACCAAUUAUUUGCAACAUCCGCAUUAUCCACUUGGUGGUGAUGUUAUGGGUUCAGGUAGUAUUCGUGUUAGUGUUCCGGUCAGUAGUAGCUCAUUUCACGAUAACUCACUGAUGCUGAAUGGCGGUAACGGUGGCGGCAAUAGUGGUCGUGGCAUGGUGAGUGCACCACAUUCUCAUACACUCAACUUUGAAGAUCUACAGGAUGUUUCUGCAACGGGCACAAAUUUUGUGGAGAGCAUUGCAUUGGCGGCAUCCUCAUCUAGUGGCGCGAGCGGUAUUGGUCGCGUCUACACAGCUACAUCGCUACCAUCGCACAUUUGGUCAUUUAAUGGUAUUAAGUGUCCAGUAUGUAACAAAUUUGUGUUGCCCGACGAUAUUGAAUGCCAUUUAGUUAUGUGCCUCACCAAGCCGCGACUGUCAUACAAUGAGGAUGUAUUAUCCGAUGCCAAGGGCGAAUGUGUAAUUUGCUUAGAAGAUUUGAAUCCCGGUGAUAUUAUUGCACGAUUGCCGUGCUUAUGUAUUUAUCAUAAAGGCUGCAUCGAUCGAUGGUUCGAGGUGAAUCGAUCCUGCCCCGAGCAUCCAGGCGACUAGUUAAACCUCACUAAUACAGUUAUAGAAAGAGAGCGAUGAAUUGGAAUCAUAACUAAUCAAUUUAUUGAGUAAUAAUGAAUCUAGUGAUAUAAUAUAUAUUCAGCAAAUAAUAAUAAAAUAGAAAUUAGUUGUAAAUUCUUUUUUAUACUGUGACGUAAAAAUAGGUGAACAUAAUAACAUAAACUUUAAAUUAUAUACAUAAAAAAAGAAACAUAAGCAAGUAAAUGAAAAAAAACUAACAAAGAAAUGGUGAAAAACUAAAAAAAAAAAUGAAAAAAUAAGAUAUAUAUACAUAUAUAAGUAUAUAUUGUAUGUUCGUAAUUUCUGUGUGUCUUAUCGUUUACGAAUAUGAAUAUGCAAUAGUUUUGUUGUGAUUUAAAUUGUAUUGUAUAUAAAUUGUAUGAGGUGAAGCCGAUGUGUGUUAAAAGGGCAUGAGGGCAUUAUGAGCUCAUGUAAUCACAGUAAUAUUACAAAAUAGAAGUUACCAACGCAGCAGCAACUCAACCGAACUCAAAUCAACUCAACUCAACUGAACUCCAAAGCGGCAGUACAUGAUGCAGGGUGACUGCAAAGCCAUGUUUCGCACACCGUUAAACACUCAAUGGAACACCAAUAACUGCAGCAACAAUAACAACGAUAAUAUAUAAUGGCAAGUAACGAACGAUGAAGGCGCAUGUAAAAGGACUCAAAACAAAAACAAAAAAAAAACGGUGCUGUGCACUGCAGCCCAGUGUGCGUUAGUUAUUUAAUUGUGAUCGUCUAUAUAAGUUUUGUAUAUGAUUUUUGCUCAUUUCACGUUGACUGUUUUUGAUUUGGCUUAAAUUGUAAACACAUUCAUACAAGCAAACAAGCAACCAAUAAGAAAAUAACAAAAAAAUUAGCACUAAAGCAAAAACAAAAACAAAAAAAUAGUUUUUUAGUAUAGGAAAUGUUGUGAAUUGUAAUUGAGAAGUAAGAAAUGUUUAUGUUGAGCCAAUAACUCCCCGCCGCAAUGAGAAAUCACCAUCACCAAUAAAUCAAACAAAACAUAAACACAAAAAUACAAAUCAAGAAAUUAAGAAAUGUGCAGAAAUGUGCAUGUGCAUGCAUGUAUGUGAGACAAAUGCUGUUAGUUGCCUAUCGCAACGUCAACUGGUUGGGGAGGUGCGAAGUGGUUGCAAGCACAUAGCAUACAUGGACGACACAGUACACUUUACUCAAAUGUCAAUAUCAUUUCAUAAAUAAAUAAAUUUAAUAAUAUAUAUACAUACAUAUGUAUGUAUAUACAUAUAUUUAUAAUAAAAAAAAAAACUAAAAUCAACAAUUAAAGUUAAGCGAUUGUGGUAUAAUUCUAUGGAUGAUGGUUAAAAAUUAAGUUUAACUGAAUAUACAAGCAUACAUACAUAUAAACAACUAUAUUUACAUAUAUAUACAUAGCUAUAUAAUUUAGGUUUAGGCUCGAAAAAUUAUUGUGGUCAUCAAAUGUCCAGCAAAAAUUAAGCAAGAAACAAAUAACAAGUAAACACAUGUAAAUUGAAAAUGAAAACAAUAACUACAACACACACACCCACACACAAAUACAAAUCACAAAAGUUAAAAAACAAUAAACAGCAGACAUGCAAAUAGCGCAGAAAGUAACGAAAUAACCACUAAAGCAAAUAUUGCAACGCAUUUCACCGUAGUAGAAUACAACAACAACACAUAACGUAAAGUAGACAAAGAAUCAAAAAAUAGCGCGGUAAAGAAUAAAUUGCUGAAAAAAGUUUAAAAAAGUCAUAAAUAGCAGUAACAGCAAAACGGAUGUGUUAGUAGGAGGAAGUGGGUAGUGAAACUGAGAGAAAACAAAGAAACGAAGCAAACGUGAGAAUCUUGUCAAGCAUAUACCAAAUCAAUAUUAAGCGUAGCCGUUAAAAUUGUACAUACUUACAUAUUAUAUAGAACAUAACGCAUACAUACACAAAAAAAUACAAAAAUACAUACAAAUUUAUAUACACGAAAGCGCGUACGCGCACAUUAGCGGUACAUUAAGUAAACAAAACAACAACAACAAAUUUAAAUUUAGUAGUAAUAAAAGAAAUUUGAAUUUUGAGAAUACCAAAAAAACAAAAACUUUUUGAAUUGCAAAUGCAGUUAGAAAACAAACUACACUCGUCGGAAGAAAUGCAAAAUUCAAAAAAAAUAAGGGCAUUGAAAAGCAAAAACAAAAGCAUUAAUGUAACACUCUUUAUGUGCUUGUACGUUGCUGUAUGUAAAAUGUAUUUGUAUUUGUAUUUGUUUUUUACCAAUCAGAAUUGUUGCUAUAAAUAAUAAAAAAUAAAAAUAAAAUACAACAAUAAAAAUAAAUUCUAGCAAGCGAAAUGCAAAGGUGUUGAACUAAAAACA